AUGCAUCAAGACAAGCGAGACCAGUCCAGGGAACCAGUUGUCGCAUUCCGGCCGCUUGACAACAUCGCUGUGCAUCUUGCUCAGUUGUCCAGUGCUGCUGGUAUUGACGACUGCUGGAACAAAAGAUGGCGAGAGGUUUCUGAGGUGCUACAUUUCUUGCCAGAUCUUGCCAGAUUCACCGCAGCCGCUGGGGAUUCACUUCAGGAUUCGCCGUCUUUUCACGCUGCUCUUCAAAAAACAAACAUGGCGAGGACAGCAGAUGUCCAAAGUCCAAGUGAGGCAACUGCAUACUCCAAAGUUUGCAACUCAUGGAACUCCUGGCCUCUGACGGCGAAAGUUUGUUUCCUCUUCACUCCUGCUCAGCUGUUGGCUUGCAUCUACGCCUGCGCUUGGUAUGAGGUUGGACCAAUGAUCAAAGGCUCCAAAGAAGAUGAACUUGAGAUCUUCAGCAUGGCUCGAAAUGCCUUGAUUAUUCCCAUGGCUCUCAUUAGCCUGGUGGCCAUGUACCAUGUAGUCGAGAUGUGUUCCGCAAAACCUCGACACAGAGCCCUGAUCAUCUCAAGGGUUUCAAUGUUCAUCUUCAUGGUGAAGAUGACUUACUACACCUUGCUGUCACGAGGAUAUGGCUUGGCCUUUCAGAAUCAACGCUGUUAUGACCUGAGGCCAAUCUAUGGAACUCGCUAUGCGGGCUGGACCUUCGCAGUCCCAACCAUUGUCUUUAUGAAUUUGUAUCCCUUGAUGGAUGAACAUCGUUUGAUUGAUGUUCUGAUUCGACUCUUCCCACAGUUGGCUGCUAGCCUCACAUACUGCUGGGCAGCUGGCUUGGGAUGCAUCCUCUAUGAUCCAUGGAUGGGGUGGUUUCUCUGCAUUCUGGCCUGCGUGGCGUAUCUUGCAAUCAUUGUGGAUGAGAUUGCCUUUGUGGGGGAAUACAUCUCCACAACCUCACAGCCAGUACUGAAAGGUAUCAGCAUCGGCAUCAAGGAAGUGAUGUUUGUGCUGUACACGCUGGUGUAUUUGCUCGGCAACUGGGGCUUCAUGUCCUCCUAUGCCGUCCAAGCCUUUUACAGCGCUACAGAUAUCGGUCACAUCGCUGUGAUGUCCUCGCUGCUCUUCCUGUACUGGAAUGUUGAUGAUGUCAAGCGAUCUGGCAAGCCAGACCACCAGGAUUGAUCGGCGACAAAGACUACAUGGCAAACAUUGGCAAAUGUUGGCAACCAGCGGCAACCAUUAAUUAAGAUGAUUAAGUCUUUAUAUCCCCCCUGUUGGAUCUGUUGGGGGGAUCUCUGCACAGGAUUCCAGAGAGCCUUUUGCAUGCAUAAGUUUGAAGUACAGUGGAUGUGCACGCGCAUUUGGGGGCGCUCGGCUAUUUCACAAGCUGAGGAAUUCCCAAAUUCACGUUUCAAAUUAUGAAGUACAGGCCAGGUCCGGGAAAUUUUGCCCAGCACAAUCUGAGCGAGCUUGAAACCUGUUCCAAUCCGCACCCUCGCGGAAGUUAAGCAACAAAAUAAGAGCAACAGUGUAAAA